AUGUUAAAUAAAAGUGCUCAAUUGAUUUCAAAUUACUCUCCAAUAAAAUACCAUCAUUUCUGUCUAAACAAUACAGAUCUGUUUUGUUUUCGAGAUGAUUUCUAUUUAUGCAUAUGCAGUGAAAACCACAGUCGAGUCGAAUGCUUUCGUUACGAUUCCAAACAUGAUCAAUGCUCUCAUUGCUUAGCCGGCGGUCGAUGCUUGAAAGGAGAUCAAGUCAAAUCGACUGAUUUCAUCUGUCUAUGUCCACCAUGUCAUUCAGGUACCCAUUGCCAGUUCAACUCAAAUUCGUUUGCUUUUACUCUUGAUCAGCUAUUUUUUAUCGAUCUUAUAUCUAUCAAUCGAAAAGCAAUAGUUCGAUUACUCAUCAUCCUACCUCUGGUUUUAUUUCUAUUAGCACUACCAAAUAACUUAUUUUCUAUCGUUACUUUUCGUCGGCAAAAUUGUCUUCGUAAUGGUAUUGGUCAAUAUUUGCUGUAUAUGAGCAUUAUCAAUCAAUUCAAUCUUGGAUUUCUUGCUGCUCGUCUAAUACAUCUAACAAUAAAUAUAACUGAACUUCAUUCCGACAGUUCACUAGAUAAUUAUCUUUGUAAAAUAUUUAGUUUUCUUCUCACAUCAUCGAGCCGAAUCGUAUAUUGGCUUGCAUCACUCAUAGCCAUCGAACGUGUUUACAUGACGCUGUUUCUCAACGGACGUUAG